AUGCGGACUAACGAGGGGAACCCAUACUGUGGUCUUGGUGUGUGUGGAGAAGAUCACUGGAAACUUGUUAUGAAGAUUGACGGCUCAAAGGGAACCUUUCACUAUGAUUCAAACAUUUGGACCGAACAGCAAACAUAUAAUCCUGCUGGAGCAGACUCUAUUUUUGAUACAGAAGAGACUAAAUUGGCGAGCUACUGGGACACACCAUUCACCAAGAUAUGUCUCGGAAUGAGGAUCCCUGGCGAGGAAAAUAUCAAUUUUCUUGCCAUUAACCAGACAGCUGACUCUUUGUACUCGCUGCUCGCUGACGGACAACAUCGCGCCACUUCACUUGGUCGUGACACGUGGAAGACGUUAAUUGGGUCCCAGGCCUCCUUACAGAUGAACUGUAACUUGGAAGGCUUUAAUGCUCGUUGUCUCUGGGGUCUUAAUUCCAGAGUAAGAAUCGGUUUCGCUGCUAACAAUCAAAACGAUUGUUAUACAUGCGACUCCAGAAUCGGCUUUGGUUCAGGUGGAUUUCCUGACGAUUCCAAUACGUGUGGACACGCGGCACAAACCGGGGAUAAUGGAAGCAAGUAUAUUUAG